AUGCUUGACAGCUCCGACUAUUAUGAGAUGAUUUAUAGUAAUUCUCGGAGUGCGGGCAUCUUCUUUGUUUCCAUGGCUUUGCUCUGCUGCUCCCUGUGGCUCCUUCCUUGGUGGGUUUUUUGUGGUGGGGGGGGGGGGGGUGGGGGUGGUGGUGGAGGGGUGGGGGGGGGGGGGUUGGGGGGGGGGGGGGGGGGGGGGGGGGGGGGGGGGGGGGGGGGGGGGGGGGGGGGGGGGGGGGGUGGGUGGUGUUGGGGUGUGGGGGGGGGGGGGGGGUGGGGGGGGGGGGGGGGGGGUGGGGGGGGGGGGGGGGGGGGGGGGGGGGGGGGGGGGGGGUAG